GCUUUCCAUUCGCCCCAAAGUUAACGAAUCACCCUUUCUUUAUUUUAUCUCUUAAUUUCCUCUUUAAAUAAAACAAUGGCUGUUGACGCUUCUUCUUCUUCCUUGACACUGCUAUGCUUUGCUUCAUUGAUGUGCCUUUUCGGCAUGGUGAAUGCAAGAAUCCCUGGAGUUUACACUGGUGGCUCUUGGGAAUCUGCCCAUGCUACUUUUUAUGGUGGCAGUGAUGCUUCUGGAACUAUGGGCGGUGCAUGUGGGUAUGGGAAUCUGUACAGCCAAGGAUAUGGCGUGAACACUGCAGCAUUAAGCACAGCCCUUUUCAACAAUGGGCUAAGCUGCGGAGCUUGCUUUGAGAUCAAGUGCACGGAUGACCCAAGAUGGUGCCACCCAGGCAACCCUUCCAUUUUUAUUACUGCUACUAACUUUUGCCCUCCUAACUAUGCUCUCCCAAGUGAUAAUGGCGGCUGGUGUAACCCUCCUCGCCCUCACUUUGACCUUGCCAUGCCUAUGUUCCUUAAGAUGGCCGAGUACCGUGCUGGCAUUGUCCCCGUUUCCUUCCGCAGAGUGCCAUGCCGAAAGCAAGGUGGAAUUAGAUUCACUAUCAACGGAUUCCGUUAUUUCAACUUGGUUUUGGUCACCAACGUGGCGGGUGCGGGGGAUAUUGUGAAGGUGAGCGUGAAAGGAACCAACACCGGUUGGUUGAGCAUGAGCCGUAACUGGGGUCAGAACUGGCAGUCCAACGCCGUUUUGGUAGGCCAACAACUCUCGUUUAGAGUGACGGGCAGUGAUAGAAGAACCUCCACCUCCUGGAACAUGGCUCCAGCUAAUUGGCAGUUCGGACAAACCUUCACCGGAAAGAAUUUCCGUGUUUGAUUUUAAACACACUUCUUUUCCCUUUUAAUUUUUAUUGCCACUUCUUCAAUUUAACUUUCUGUUUCCUGCCCUUCAAAUUUCCUUUAUUUUCUCGGGAAAAUUUGAAGUGGCGGGUGGGUAAAAAUGGGCUUUUGGGUAGGAUUUUACGGAAAAGAAAAAUAGAUAGCAAAGUCACCAAGUGACCAUUGUGUGUGUUGUUGGAUUUGAGUCAUGAGUGUUGCACUUUGUAUUUCUUUUGUUUGUGAAUUGCAAGUAAGCUGGUGGGUAACAGUAAAAAAAUUCCAGCUGAUGGCAAAAAAAGUUGUAAGGUGGGGGGGCUGAAGCGGCUGCAAAGCAAAAGAAAACAUGCAGCCCGGAGCACUCGAGUCAUAUAGUAAUUUCAUUUUUACUGCUAUGAGAAUAAGAGAGAUUUAGAUAAACCAAAACAAUAUUUUCUUGAUC